GUUUGCACCUAUCAGCAUCUCUGCCAGCCAUAUAAUGGAUGGGUUUGCGCUGUAGGCUUAGAGAGAGGUCUCGAGGUGGAGGAGGUCCGGCGAGAGACGACGUUGAGAGUCUGAUCACCUUCCGUAUCAACGCCAAUAUCGAGUCACUUCCUUUGCUGGAGUUCUGACUUCUGAGAUGCAGUGAGCCGAGCUUUUACUCCGCAUGGCCAUACUUGGCAAUAAUUCUGAUAGGCCUGCAAAUUCGCCAAUUCCAUAAGACUACAGUAUCACAAGAUCAUGAUUACAGUGAAUUCCGACUAGGCAUUCACUGUUGCACCCUGCCGUAUAAAGCUACUGAGAAAUGGCAACUUGCGACGCGAUCUGUACCCCCGCACCCCUCACGCUCAUGGCCUGGCCGGCCCACAACUUCUUCAAUAUCCGCUCUACAACUAUCUGUGACGGAUAGCAGACUUAUCGAGAUGCUCACCAUGAGGCUUCCGACCUUUCCUAAGGUGUACAAUGUCUAUUUCGUGGCUGUCAUUGCGACAGUUGGAGGGAUGUUGUUUGGAUUUGACAUCUCGUCAAUGUCCGCAAUCAUCGGAACCGAACAAUACGUGGACUUUUUCGACAACCCGCAUGGGGUACGCCAGGGUGCCAUCAACUCUGCACUUGCAGCUGGCUCUGUGGUGGGAUCCAUCAUGGCAGGUCCAAUUUCCGAUAAAAUUGGCCGCAGAGAUUCCAUUAUGUUUGCCUGUCUUUGGUGGCUUGUAGGCACGGCAAUCCAAGCAGGAGUGUCUGGAUUUGGAACUCUAAUGGCUGGUCGGGUCCUAAACGGUGUCUGUGUGGGGAUUACCUCGUCCCAAGUACCGGUUUAUCUGGCCGAGAUCAGCAAGAAAGAAAAGCGUGGUUCAAUCAUCGUCAUCCAGCAGUUGGCCAUCGAAUGGGGCAUCUUUAUAAUGUUCUUCGUUGGGUACGGUUGUUCAUCCAUUGCAGGUCCCUCCUCAUUUCGUCUCGCAUGGGGCUUACAGUUUGUACCAUGCGUGUUUUUGAUGAUGGGCCUGCCCUUUCUCCCCAGAUCUCCCCGCUGGCUCGCCAAGGUUGACCGCACAGAAGAAGCCAUCACCACCCUAGCCAGGAUCCAAGCUAAGGGCAACGUCAAUGAUCCCCUCGUGGUAGCCGAAUGGGAUGAAAUCACAACGGUCCUCGCUGCCGAGCGCGCAGCAGCCCCAGGGUGGCGCAAAUUUGUCCACAACGGCAUGUGGCGUCGAACCAUGGCCGGGUUCACAUAUAUGUUUUCCAAAUGGCCAAGCAACAUUCUCCUCAUCUCCUCGGGCAUCCAGUAUGCCCUCUUCAUAGUCUUCACCUCCAUAAUCUUCUUCUACAUUGAUAAGACCAGCCGUCGAAGCCUCCUUAUGUACGGUGCAAUCGGUAUGGCCAUCUGUCAUUUCGUCGUCGGGGGCGUCCUCUCAUCCGGCGAAUACGUGCCCAACGGCGUAGACGGCAACCUGAACGUCCUCAUCCGCGUGCGUGGAUCCAAAGCCCACACCGUCAUUGCCUUUUCCUAUCUGUUGAUCAUUGUCUAUGCCUUAACCCUGGCCCCGGUGGCAUGGGUAUACGCAGCAGAGGUCUGGUCCCUGGAGACUCGCGCAUCGGGCAUGGCAAUCGCAGCUACCGGAAACUGGCUAUUCAACUUUGCACUCGGGUUAUUCGUGCCGCCUGGGUUCGCGAAUAUCACCUGGAAGCUCUUCAUCACGUUUGGGGUUUUGUGCAUUGGAGCCGCAGUUCAGGUGUUUUUCACAUACCCCGAGACAUGCGGCAAGACCAUCGAGGAAGUGGAGGAAUUGUUCAGCAAGGGAGGACCAAAAGCAUGGCACACUAAACCCGGACACUCGAAGCUGGAUGGUCGUAUUGAGGAAGCUAGGGGAAAGAAGCUGGGACUGAAGGUGGACGAGACAAAGGUGGAGGCUGCUGCUCCGGAAGUCCCCACUACUGUAGGGUGAGCGUGUCAAGCCAGCAAUCAAAAGGGGGGCAAAACCAUCGACUACAGGGAACUCUAGUGCUGGAUCAUACGAUGAGGAGUCGUAUGAGAUGUACUGGGUUCAAGGGCGCCUUGGCAGUUACGAAUCGAAUAGAUCCGUGGGAACAGGUGUCAGCCAAAUAAAG